GAGCGCUGCUGGCCAUGGGGCACGGGGCAGCGUCUUCCCGGUGCACUCAGCACCCCUCGCCGCCAUCCAUGCCCUGACAGGCUGGAGCGAGCGUGGCUGGUUUUUUUUGUUGUUGUUGUUUGUUUUGGCCACGUUUUGGUCAGCAGACAGGCUAGAACAUGGCGCCGUCGGGCUCGCGUAACAUCAAGAGGGACUGCCGGAGAGUUUUGUACUGGAUCCCGGUGCUGUUCAUCUGCCUCAUCGUGGCGUGGUCUUACUACGCCUAUGUUGUGCAGCUCUGCAUAGAAACAAUUGAAAACCUGGGAGAGAAAAUAGUUUACCUCGUGGCGUAUCAUGUGUUCUUCAUCAUGUUUGUAUGGGCAUACUGGCAAACCAUCUUCACCAAACCUAUGAACCCACUCAAAGAGUUCCACCUGUCACACUUGGACAAAGAACUGUUGGAGCGAGAGGAUCGUGGGGAAUCUCAGCAGGAGAUUUUGCGAAGAAUAGCCAAGGAUUUACCCAUUUACACUCGCACAACAUCUGGAGCUAUUCGCUAUUGUGAGCGGUGCCAUCUUGUGAAACCUGACAGAUGUCAUCACUGUUCAGUCUGUGAUAAGUGCAUCUUGAAGAUGGAUCACCACUGUCCAUGGGUAAACAACUGUGUGGGCUUCUCAAACUACAAGUUUUUUACACUUUUUCUUGCAUAUUCCCUGCUGUAUUGCCUCUUCGUCACUGCAACAGACUUGCAGUACUUCAUUAAAUUUUGGACUGUUGACGGUAAAACCCAUGAGCGUCUGAAAGAAUACUGGAAUGGGCUGCCUGACACUCAAGCCAAGUUCCACAUUAUGUUUCUGUUCUUCGCCUCCUCCAUGUUCUCAGUCAGUCUGGCUUCGCUGUUUUCCUAUCACUGCUGGCUUGUCUGCAAAAAUAGGUCUACUUUGGAGGUCUUCCGUGCACCUGCCUUCCGACAUGGAACAGACAAGAAUGGCUUUAGUCUGGGAGUCAGCAAAAACCUCCGCCAAGUCUUUGGUGAUCAAAAGAAAUACUGGCUUCUGCCAAUUUUUUCCAGUCAGGGUGACGGCUGCUCCUUUCCCACUUGUCUGGUGAAUGCUGACCCUGAACAGCCUGCCUCACCAUCCGGACAUGCUGCCAUCAAUAGUGAUGAAGACACCCAUCAGUUUCCUGCUAAACCUCUGAGAGAGUCUCAGAGCCGACUGCUGAGUAACGGACAGACAUGGACAGACAGCGAAGGGACAGAGGAUAAAGACAGAGAAGGCACAAGCAACCCAGCCAUGACCAUAGAAAAGGAAACCUAGAUCUGCUGCUGAAGGAGAAAAAGGUCCCUUUGUGGUCAUGCUCUUUGUCCACGGAACAGUGAAGAAUCGUCUGUGUGCUGAAAAGGGCGCUCUGCUGCGGCAACAGACCAUUAUGCAUUGGGUUUCUAUCUAAUUACUUGAGUAGGGUGCUUCUUUGUAAGAGCUGACUGUGCAGGAUUUACCAGUAUGUAUAUUAAUGAGGAUAUGGUUAGGAACCAUAGAGUCCUUUGUACUCCGUGGAGACGUGGUGUAUGUACACUGUGCCUAAAGCUAACACACUGAAACAGUUGCACUCUGGGUGACAUUGGACUUGCACACUUUGUGAUCCAAUUUGGUAGAGCUCAUAAUCAUCAGUUCAAAUGAUCACCAAAGUGAUUAUUUACAAUCAAUGCCUUGAUCAUACCUUUGUGUGGUGGAGAUUGUAUUUAAGGCUAAAUUUUAUAUACAUUUUGGAUGAGCCGUUGUGGUUUUGUGCAUGCUGUGUGGUGCAUAUGUAUACAUUACAUUUCUGAUGGAUAACUAGAAAGCCUGUACGACAACUUGAGGCACUGUAAUACAUACUGUGAUAGCUUUGUCAUGAAGUGCUGUCAAAAUGCAGUAGAAUUCUUUCAAAAGACCUUGUUUUUUUGUUUCUCUUGUUGGCAUGUGUAGGCAAAGAUAUUAGUAUUUUUAAUGAUGUACAUGUUCCUGAUGACAACCAGUGUCCACAUUGUGUAUAUUGUUAAGAACUGCUUCAGUGUUUGGAAGUUCUUAAUGAACUCAGUUCAAACAGAAAACAUUUUGCUAUAUUGAAAUCUCACAGUUCUCUUGCUUAACUUUCCAAAUACUGUACCUUGAACACGCUACUGAGCUGUGCAGGACCAAAUGAACAGGAGUUUUUAAUUCAAGCUGCCUCCAUGGAAAGAAAGAAGUACAGCCUGCUUGAAAAUAAGGAAAUCUUUUGACCUCAUAAGCACAGAAAGAAAAAAAUAAAGUUGGCUCAUUUGCACUUUAGAGUACAUGUGGAUAUUACUUAAAAAAUGCUUGCUGGGGUUAGGAAAUGUAAACCUUUCUACUACAAUUUGCAUUCUCUGAAGACCAUUUUUUAUUUAGAGAUUGAUCUUUCUGUUUCAAAAUGUGGCACUGUGUGUUGAGAAAAGAUCAUUAAUGUGGCUGCAAAUGCAAAAGCAGAGUAUAAAGACACCAUGCUUUUGGUAUGAUGUUUACAGUUACCACACAUUGCAGAACUCUUGCUAGUGGUUUGGGAUGGAUGGCUGAAACGUUUCUAAGGGCUCUAUUACUCUUUGAUACUGCUUUUCAUUUAAUUUGAUCCCAGGAAUAUUGCAUGAUAUGGGACAUCUAACAAUGUAACCUUGUUUUUUCACCAAAGUAUAAUGAAAAAACCCACAUGCCAAGACUUUGUAAAUGUGUUGAGGUGUUUUUAUGUGCCUGUUUGUAGUCUUAAUCAUUGAACCAUGAACCAUAGCCUCCGGUAAUCCUAUGUAAACCACGUACUUGUAGAAAAAAAACAUGCUUUGGACUUGAGACCAAAUGAAUCUGUACUGUACUGUUCUACAUAAGCUGAUUUAUUUCUCAUGAACCAUCAUUUAUGGAUGAGGCUAUACCAUAGAUGUUGAUGAAUGUCUUCAGUUGAAAUAAUAAAUCCAAUGUUUUAUGUA